AUGCUUAAAGUAUGGUUAGAACAUGAAGAUUUCAAGAGACUAAUUCAAGAAGUAUGGGCUACAAAAGUUAUAGGAAAUCCAAUGUUUGUUUUUAUGCAGAAGUUAAAGAUAAUGAAGAUAAGAAUUAAGGAUUUGAACUGGCAUGUUUUUGGUGAUGUUAGAGUAAAAUUGGCAAAGGCAGAGGAGGAGAUUUUAAAUGCAACUACAAUAUCAGACCAGAAUCCUAGUGAUACUAUAUUAUUAAAUAAUUUGGUUGUGGCAAGAGGGAAACAAGAAAUACUCAAUCAACAACUUCACUCCAUUUUACAACAAAAAUCUAGGGAGAAGUGGUUUAAAUAUGGUGCUGCUAAUACAAGUUUCUUCCAUACUUCAAUAAAGAUAAGACAAGCUGCAAAUGUCAUAACUGAGUUGGAGAAUGAUAAUGGCCUAAUAGUUACAGAUCAACAUCAAGUUGCUCAUUUUCUAGAACAACAUUUUGAAGAGAAGCUUAAGUUUAAAAAUGUGACUUUUCUUGAUGGGAUUUUUGAUGCGAUACCUGAAGUAGCCACUUUAGAAGAUAAUAAGAUGCUAGAUGGUGUUCCCUCAAUUCAAGAAAUAAAAGAUGAUGUUUUUUCACUUAAUGCAGAUAGUGCUCCUGGGCCAGAUGGUUUUCCAAGGUUUUUUUAUACAUUUGCUUGGGAGAUAAUUGGUGAAGAUUUAAUCAAAGACAUUCAAUACAGUUGGAGAAAAGGUUUUAUACCAAGAGGACUACACUCUAAUUUCUUAUUUCUGUUGCCAAAGGUAAAAUGUGCUAGAAGACCAAAUUAG